UUUACGCACACUCAUCUGCAGUGUCAAAGUUUAGAGUUCGGGUAAAGGUCGUGUUUUGAGUUUACUCUCCUAUACAAACAAUGGCUUCCAUAAGUUGGUUAACAUGCAGGCGGUUUUCUUGCCUCGUGCGGCGGCCGCUGCUGCUGCAGUAUGUUUGGGCUCCAGCGCGAGCAAUACACCGGGGGAGCGCGCGACGCGCGGCGGAGAAAACCCCGCUGAACAGAUCACGAUCAUCACCGGAGCAACAGUACUUCACAGCGCUAGACAGAGCUGAUGCGCUGAUGCUGCGGAAGUCUCAUGAAACAGGAUUUUUGUCCUGGUUCCGGAAUGGUCUCCUUGCAACAGGAAUUGGUGUUAUUGCAUUUGCACAGAGUGAAGUGGGCCGAGAGGCCGGACACGUGUUCUUCAUCCUGGGCGGAGUGUGUGUGUCGUUCGGCGGAGCGUCAUAUGUGACCAGUCUUCUGACCCUGAGGAGGAUCAUGCUCCUCUCGCGGAUGACGGUGCUGCUCCACGCGGGCCUGGUGUCCGUCGCCGCCCUCUUCUGGCUGUGCGCGGUAUCGCUCUACAUCGGCCGCCUGGAGUUGGAGAUUAUUCACGAGGAGGAUGAGGAAGAGCACAGGGGAGAUGAAGAUGGGGAAUGCGCCGAAUGCAAUGCGAGGCGCGAGAGACGCGGCGCUGAAGAGAAAGGCCAAGACAAGUGAGAAGAGAGGAUACUCCGAGUUCAAAUGGCCUUUUACACUGACCCACAGCCAGAUUACUGUAUUCACAAGCUGUUUAAACCGCUUUAAGAGAAAAGGAAACUGGUUUGUGGAGGUGGAGCAUCUAUCAACAUAACUGUCCAGUACUCUAGUGCUUGAUUUAUCAGGUCGAGUGAGUUUUUGUGUUUGUAAUAUUCCUUAACAACAGCUGUCACACUGCGCACAAAGGGUCAGUGACAUAAAUACAUAGUUUUCCUUUGCAAUAUUUUUGUUGUAUUUGGGGUGUGUGUGCUGGAACAUGAAACUUAUCAGGCAAGUAGUUGUUCAACUGUUAUAAAUGGACAUGCUCACUUUUUUAUAUAGUGACAUGAUUCAGAAAUAACAGUUGCUGUUGUUUUUUGGGGGUAACUCACUUUACACUAAGGUUUGAUUUUCUAACAUUAGUUAAUGCAUUCAUAUGAACUAAUGAUAAAAAACUUUUUUUUAACAGCAUUUAGGAAUACAACAUACUUUAAUAUCAUGGUUCAUAAUAAUAGUACAUAUAAUGUUUAUGCUAAAUACUAUAUUUAAUUUAUAAUGUAAACCAAUUAUGAGUUUUAUCAUUUAGAUUUGUACAUUUAUAAUUUAAAUAUACAUUAUAUAAUUUAGAAACAUGUAUUUGUAUGUGUAGAAAUGAACAUUCAUCAAGAUGUGCUGUGAAAGUAAGUAACAAAUUGAACCUUAUUGUAAAGUAUUGUGUGCUUUUAUAAUUCAUGGUUUCUACAUAGUAUAGCAUUAUUUCAUCUAUUUAGGCCUCGUUCAGGUUGAUUUAUUUUUAUAUGAUGACCUCACGUCUCUCACAAUUCAUUUCAGAUUUCCUGCUCUAGCUGUCGCAGUCUUAUUUAAGAAAAUCACUCUUUGCAGAUUUGAGAAGAACUUCUGGACGUCUUAUGGCUCAUGGCUUUCACUCAACAGAGAUGUCAGCACAUCUUUUCUUUUGUUAUGCAUGAAUCCAAAGUUUAGAUAUUGUUGGUAUCUUUUUUUUUUACAGCAUGCAGUCGUGCUGUUUGCUGUUUUAGGUGUGUAGUGUCAGGGGUGUGUGUGUGUGUGUGUGUGUGUGUGCGUCAUUCACUUUACUGGAGUGUGUCUGUGUUUACUAAUCACUGAAUCAGCGCACGCUGCACACUUACAAUCAGUCAGAUCUAGAUCUAGAUCAACUCGUAUUUAAAAAAGACAUUUCCCUGUUCAGAGCAAAUACACAAAUCCUGCCGGACUACAAGAAGGAAGAACUAAACCAUGUCGUGCAAAAUGUCCUUUACAGAUUAAAUUGUUGUC